AUGGCCAUCGCCCUGCCUAGAGGCUAUUCUGGAGCUUCACUUCACACGCCUCGCAGUAUAGCGCCGCAGAUCACUGCGACCUCCGUUGCCCUGCGAAGGCAACCCAGCCCGUUCACUCCAAGAGAUCGCGGUCCGCACCCAUCAGUGGUAAACACUUGGGCAAACCAUCCGGCGCGGAGUUCAUCAGCACCUAGGAUAUGUCUGUCCAGUGUGCGGCCCAUGGCAGUAUUGCCACGGGAAGAAGGCUCAGUCUCUGCUCCCGUUUAUGCUCCUGCACCACCGGCAGUGCCGGCAGGUGCGACGAUACUUCCCGUUGUCUCAGCAGCACAGCGGGUUCGACACGUGCCUGGCUCCAGGAACGGCCAGUUCAUCCGUUGUGACCAGGAGGUGCAAAGAGUUCUUGAUCAAGUGGCUCCUGCAGCAGCUUUAGAAGGGCUGGAAGCAACAGGAAACGACUUUGGUUCCAACGAGCUUUCGCAGGAUGGAAAGUGCCAUUCCGAAACUUCGGCCUUGGGAAGGUUCCAGCAGGCCUUGGCUGAGCAGCGGGCAGAGCACGAGGCCAAGCUUGUGCAGUUGCAAGCGCACUGGGAGGAACGGUUUGCGGAGGCACUGUCCUUCUGGCAAAAGGCCUGGUCGACUACGACUGCAGCGGUGAAAGACUGUAACACUCAUUGCGUCAAGCUCAGCGAGGUGUUGGAAGCAUCCCUGGAUGAACUUGGUCAAAACAGUAUGGAGGUUACAUCUCUGACAUGCAGACUGCAGGUGUUGGAGGAGUCUGUCGGUCUUCCUCAGAGGCGAUCCGAGCUUGCUACCAGCCAGCAAGAUAACGAGGUGGCACUCGAAGCUCUUCCCAGGACUCGCAUCCGUCUGGAAGGCCUCAGUGGGACCAGUGACAGCUUCAAGCGCUUGUCCAGCGAGCUCGCCCGAUUCGAACACGAGGUGUCAGCGCAUUCGCAGAAACUUCUAUCCGUUUCUCACGUGACACUGGCGACGGAGGAUUGUCUGCCUGCGCACUGUCAGACCGAUUCUUUCGCAGACUGGCGCAGUCUCAACGCAAUCAAGCAGCCGCCUUCCGUCGGACCGGCCUACAAGCCCAAGCCACAGACGACUGCUGGAGCAUUGCCACCCGCGGAUUGCCCGCAGGCCAGCAAAGGUGACAGAGUUCAAGCUGGGUUGUGGCCUCACCGUGCACCACCGUCACAAGAGCUGUCACGUGCCUCUCACCCUUUCAACCUGAGGCUCCUGCCGAGGGCAGCAGUAGGCGGCGCAUGUGCUGCCACAGAAGUGUCGCAGGUCCAGGUCCCGUCAGAUCAGAGGCACGAUGCCUUGAGCGGGAGGACCUGA